CAGGACACCCGCCGCAGCCGCCUCCUUCCCCCUCUCCGUGUGUGUGUAUGUGUGAGAGAGCGCGAGUUGUGUGUGUGUUUCCUGUGGCUGCUCGGUUGCCCGUGCUUCGACACACUCAGUGUUUAUCGGCUCGCCAUGGCGGACGGACGCAGAGAGCUGCCGCCUCACCUCUCCCUACCCCCGGCUAGCAAGCGACCCUGCUUCCGCCCAGCACCCCGUGGUCCCGGGCCGGGGCCCGGCCAUGGUAGCGGAUUUGCGAACUCUCGGUACCGCUCACCGGAAUCCCUUUUGGAUUGCGCCGCGAAGGCAGUGGCGGAGAAAUGGGCCUUUGAGAGAGUGGAGGAGCGCUUCGAACGGAUCCCGGAGCCCGUUCAACGUCGUAUCGUGUACUGGUCUUUUCCUCGCAACGAAAAGGAAAUAUGUAUGUACUCUUCGUUUCAAUGUCGAGUCGCCGGCGAGGAGGGGCCGUCGGCGGCUACAGGAGCUGGGGCCGCUGGGUCUGGAUCUUCUACCAGCGCUGGUGGUGGUGGCGGCGGCGGCGGAGCCUCUGCCGCUGGCACCACGUCUAGCGCCGUAGCCGGAGUGGUGGGGACGGGGGACGGACUCCCCUUCCGCCGGGGUAUCAGGCUACUGGAGACAGGCUGUGUGGAGAACGUUUUGCAAGUCGGGUUCCAUCUGAGCGGGACCGUGACGGAACCGGCCGCGGCUUCGGAACCCGAGGUCACCCACAAGGUGGCCAUCAGCUUCGACCGCUGCAAGAUCACCUCGGUGACAUGUGGCUGUGGAAACCGCGACAUCUUCUACUGCGCCCAUGUGGUGGCGCUGUCGCUGUACCGCAUACGCAAGCCCGAACAGGUGAAGCUGCGCCUGCCCAUCUCGGAGACGCUGUUCCAGAUGAACCGGGACCAGCUGCAGAAGCUGGUGCAGUACCUGAUCACGGCCCACCACACAGAGGUGCUGCCCACCGCACAGAAGCUCGCCGACGAGAUCCUCUCGUCCAACUCGGAGAUCAACCAGGUCCACGGUGCGCCGGACCCUACGGCGGGCGCCAGCAUCGACGACGACAACUGCUGGCACCUGGACGAGGACCAGGUGAGGGAGCAGGUGAAGCAGUUCCUCUCCCAGGGAGGGUACUACGGCUCGGGCAAGCAGCUCAACUCCAUGUUCGCCAAGGUGCGCGAGAUGCUGCGAAUGCGAGACUCGAACGGCGCCAGGAUGCUAACGCUGAUCACAGAGCAGUUCAUGGCUGACCCUCGCCUGUCGCUAUGGAGACAGCAGGGCACGGGCAUGACGGACAAGUGUCGACAGCUGUGGGACGAGCUGGGUGCAUUGUGGGUGUGCGUGGUGCUGAACCCCCACUGUAAGAGCGACGAGAAGAGCAGCUGGCUGCGGCAGCUGAAGAAGUGGGGCGACAUGGACGUGUGCCCUCUAGAGGACGGCAACUACGGCAGCGAGCUCCCCAACAUCACCAACGCCCUGCCGCAGAGCAACCUCGCACAGGACUCCCUAGCGCGGCCCCGGCGCACGGUGUUCAGCCGGGCGAUGGAGGCGUGCGAGCUGCACUGGCAGGACAGCCACCUCCAGAGGAUCAUCAGCAGCGACCUGUACAUGUCCCCCGCCUACCAGAGGGACCAGGGGGACAGCCUGCUCUUCAACCCCCAGGGCCUGCCCCUCUGGCUGGAUCACGUGCCCACGGCGUGCGCCCGUGUGGACGCGCUGCGUUCCCAUGGAUACUCCAGGGAGGCGUUGCGGUUGGCUGUGGCCAUCAUCAACACGCUGCGGCUCCAGCAGCAGCGGCAGAUGGACAUCUACAAGCACCAGAAGAAGGAGCUGCUCCACAGGGGUCUGACCUCCACCAGCACCCUGGAGGGCUGGGUGGGCCACCCGCUGGACCCCAUCGGGUGCCUGUUCGCCACGCUGACGGAGACCUGCCGCAUGGACGACGACAGCGGCAUGGACACCGGAGAGGGGGAGCCACGGCCCCCGGUCUACCAGCAUGUGUCGGUGUGGGGGUGCGGGGAGGGUGGGGAGUCCUACCUGGCGCUGGCCCUGGAGGUGGCCCUCAUGGGGAUGGGACAGCAGAGGAUGAUGCCCGAGGGCCUGUACGCCCAGGACAAGGUUUGUCGGAACGAGGAGCAGAUCGUGGCCAAGCUCCAGGAGCUGGAGCUGGACGAUCUACUGGUCCAGACGCUACGGAAACAGGCCCUCCAGCUGCUGGAAGCGGGUCCGUUCAGCGGCCUGGGGGAGGUGAUCCACCGGGAGAGCGUGCCGAUGCACACCUACGCCAAGUACCUGUUCACCGCCCUCCUGCCGCACGACGCCGACCUCUCCUACAAGCUGGCCCUGCGCGCCAUGAGGCUGCCGGUGCUGGAGUCGUCGGGCGGCUCAGGGGAUGUGGGCCACCCCCACCACGGGAUCUCCAUGGUGCCGAGCCGGUACCCCCGCUGGUUCACCCUGGGACACCUGGAGUCCCAGCAGUGUGAGCUGGCCUCCACCAUGCUCACCGCCGCUAAAGGUGACAUGCUGCGGCUGCGCACGGUGCUGGAGGCGGUCCAGAAGAACAUCCACUCGUCCUCCCUCAUCUUCAAGCUGGCCCAGGACGCCUUCAAGAUCGCCACGCCCGGUGACCACCCCCCCGACAUCACCCUGCUCAACGUGGCGCUGGAGCUGGGACUGCAGGUCAUGAGGAUGACCCUGUCCACCCUGAACUGGAGGAGAAGGGAGAUGGUUCGCUGGUUAGUCACCUGUGCCACCGAAGUCGGCCUGCGGGCGCUGAUCAGCAUCCUUCAGAGCUGGUACACGCUCUUCACACCCACAGAGGCCACCAGCAUCGUGGCGGCCACCGUCAUGUCCCACAACACCAUCCUGCGGCUCAGCCUGGACUACCCCCAGCGGGAGGAGCUGGCCAGCUGCGCGCGCACGCUGGCGCUACAGUGCGCCAUGAAGGACCCGCAGAACUGCGCCCUCUCGGCCCUCACGCUCUGCGAGAAGGACCACAUUGCCUUCGAGACGGCGUACCAGAUCGUGAUCGACGCGGCCUCCACGGGCAUGACGUACUCCCAGCUGUUCACCAUCGCCCGCUACAUGGAGCACCGCGGCUACCCGCUGCGCUCGUUCAAGCUGGCGUCGCUGGCCAUGACGCACCUCAACCUGGCGUACAACCAGGACACGCACCCGGCCAUCAACGACGUGCUGUGGGCGUGCGCGCUCAGCCACUCGCUGGGCAAGAACGAGCUGGCGGCCAUCAUCCCCCUGGUGGUGAAGAGCGUGCACUGCGCCACCGUGCUGUCGGACAUCCUGCGGCGGUGCACCAUGACGGCGCCGGGCCUGGCGGGCAUCCCCGGCCGCCGCAACUCGGGCAAGCUGAUGUCGACGGACAAGGCGCCGCUGCGGCAGCUGCUGGACGCCACCAUCUCGGCGUACAUCAACACCACGCACUCGCGGCUCACGCACAUCAGCCCGCGGCACUACGGCGAGUUCAUCGAGUUCCUGAGCAAGGCGCGCGAGACGUUCCUGCUGGCGCAGGACGGGCACAUCCAGUUCGCCCAGUUCAUAGACAACCUCAAGCAGAUCUACAAGGGCAAGAAAAAACUCAUGAUGCUGGUGCGCGAGCGCUUUGGUUGAGCUACACCCCCCCCCCCUCCCCCCCCCGCGCCGUCUACGAGCUUUCUGUGACCUCUUCAGACAUCCCUCCCCCAAACCCUCCUCACCCCCCCCCCCCCCCCUCCCCCCCCUUGACAACCUGGGACUUUUUCGUCGAAAUUUGGUUUCUAUUUAAGUUUUUCAGUUUGGUUUUGUUUCUGAUUCUCUCCGGGACGUCAAGCCCUCCGGUCCGGUGGGUCGGUCGUUGGUCCAGUGUGGGGGAGUGUGGGGGGGGAGACGAGAGGCCCUGGGAGGGAGGCUUUUUUCAAAGAAACCAAACAAUUCCCCCCCCCCCUCCUUUUAUGGAGUAAAACCAAGGUUGGGUUCGGAGGGAGGACGUGGACACCAAAUGCUUUUUAGUCCAGCGGGGAACGCUCUCUCACUGGGGGCCGGGAAACGUGGAAAAGAUGGGAGGCUUUUAUAAAGACCAAGAUCAAGAUCACGCACCUACAUGGAUGCCGCAAACGCAAACCCAGUGUUAUCAUACUUAAACACACCUGUGUGUGUGUGUGUGUGCUUGUGUAUGUGUUUGUGUCUGAGUGCUCACAGUAGAAUCCGGUAUGUGUAGACUGAACUUAAGCCGCCUGCUACUACCCCUGUGAGUGGGCACACACGCAGGGCGGGGCAUGAGUGUGAGUCGCCUUGUGGGCCAAGGAAAGCCCUCUUCUGGGGGGCUUUUCCUGUCCGGCAUCUGCAGAGCACACAAUUUAAGGCGAGGUGUACGAAAUAUGUACCUUUAUGAUAACGAAAGGCAUCUUUACCUAGCCUCUUCACCACUGAUGAUGUGUGACACGUGUGUUUGUGUGUGUGGGGGGGGGGAACCGUGAGUCAAAUGACCACAAUCCCCAUCCCCAGAUCACCACUAUCGCUAUAUAGUUGCCUGUGGCCAAAGCCUUAUUUUCAUCUUCUUCUGUUUAAGCCUCCAGUGAUUCAGCUCCAACCUUCUUGAACAAGAUUUAGUCUCUUAGCAAUAUUAGCCAGAUUGCUUACUGGCGGGAAUCGCUGUGGUUGCCUGGCAACGUGAAGCUUUGGGAACCGCAGGAGGCCUGCCAGGGUACAGUGACAACAGAGUCCUGGGAGGGGACCAAACCUCUGCUGUGAUUGGUUGGUUUUGGUGAAUGCUUCUGCUCUCUUAACACGUUAACGCAAAAAAAAACAUACUGGACGGACACACUCACCCUUUGUGCAUCAUGUUUGAUUCCCCCUUUUCAGUUCCUUUGAUAUAUAUAUUUUAGCUAACAGCAGUGUAAAGUACAGCAAAAGCUUGGAUUUUUUUAGCGGUAGGACUGCAUGUCGAUGCGCAAGCACUUCACACAUAUACCUCUCCUCCCGAGUGCGCUCUGUCCUUUCCUUCAACAUUUACUUCCAGAAACAGCUGAGCGGAACACCGCAGAACCAACGGGGCUAGCGUUCAACGGGAAAAGCGUUCAAUCGGAACAAUCUCUCGAUUGAUUGCUUUAUUUUCGUUUGUUUGCGGGGUUUUUUGGAGGAAAAUGAAUAUGGAAAUGAAGGUCAGAGAAAGGGAAUUUUAUAGAAAGGGUAACUUUUUUUUUUUUACAUUCCAUGGGAAUUACCUUCACCCGCCCCUCGGGUGCAAAGGUCACCGCUUUUUUUUUUAUGGAAAGAAGGACGAAAAAAAUAAUGAGGGAAGAGGAACCAAGCAAAGGACAAUAGUAAACAAAGAGAGGGAGAGACUAAACUCAGUUCUCAGGGAAAAUCACUUAAAGAAACAAAAUGAAAAAAAAAUGUAGUAGCAUUAAGCAUUUAAAAAAUAUUGUAAAUACUGAAAGUGUCAAUUCAAAAAAUUGUAAAGUUAUAAUUAUUUAUGAUCAGUACGUUAUUAUUUUGGCUUUGUGUUUUGUCUGUAUCCUGAGGGGGACGGGGAGGGAUUACUUGAAUUUGUUUUAUUCUUUAUUUUUCUGUUGAAUUCUGGCGGGAAUGUGGCGAUGUUUUUUGUAUUGCGCAAAGGCUUCAAUGCAUUUCUCAGGUGCUUCUGUGUACAUUUCUCCUGUGUUCUGUUUUUCUCUACUAUUAUUAUUAUUAGUAUUAUUAUUAUUAUAACUACUAUUUACUGGUUAACUAACCGUUAACUACUAUUAUUUGUGCCGUUUAGUUUUUUUGCAAUUUCAGUUUUGGUAAAAAAUAGAAAAGUCAACGUUUUCUAAGGAGGGAACUUGUUAUUUGUGGAGUUUACGGUUUGACUGAGGACGGUGUUUAUUUUUGAACCAUACAGAAAACCUUUUUACUAUGCAGAAUCACUCCAAUAUGGCCGUUGUCCCCCUUAAACACAAACACUCACACACACAUCGACUGGAAAAUGGGAAGAGACUAAAACAUACAACCACUACUUAAAAAGAUGGACACACAAGUCUCUGAAAUAAUGUGCUGUAGCUAGUUAGCUUAACGCUAUAACCCUUCAACAAUGGGGAGGGGUGGGGUUUGAAAACUGUGGAAAAAGCCUUUUUGACCGAUCAAUGUACAAAGUUGUGUUUUUUGUUCAAAUUCGUUUUAUACAAUAUUAUUAUUACAAUUAUAAUUUGUUUUCAAUCAGGACUCAAGCCUCCAGUGUCUUCUCUAGCUCAAUCGUGUCUUGCUCCGACACGGUGUUAAGAAAAAAAUGAUAAAACAGAGGAAGAAAGAGAGAAUAUUGAAAAGGAGAACAUUGCAUUGUGCAGAAGGAACAGUCAGAACAGUCUCCUCCCUAACAGCCAUCACAAUCCGUUAAGUUUGAUUGUCGUCUGCUUGCAAGGCAAGCAGACGAGGCAAGAUGUAUUCCAUCGUCUUAUAUUCUUCCGCCUCAUUUUUGAUACAUAUAUCCCCUCUUCACGUGCGCUCGCAUUUAGCUUGUUAGCACGCUACCCCAUUAACGCUGGUGCUUGCGUGUAAGGGUCAGCAGAUGCUAUGCGGUUAUGCUAUACAACAUCAUGCUAUAGCAUGCCAGCUCUCAUGCUUGUUGCUAGGUUGGGGUGCUAUAGGGCCCACGUAUUUUCUUAAGCCGCGUUCAUUCUUUUUUAUUUUAAAGUCCAGUUCCACUGCUUUUCUCCCCUUCCCCAUGAAUUCCCCCAAAAGCGCAAAGGUCCAAUGUAGGGUUUUAUUUAUUGAUCUGCUUAAUAAUGAUCGAAGAAUUAUAAAAAUAUAUAAUUUCACUUUUUUCACCGGUUUAAUUCUUACCCAGUCCCUUCAAACAGCCUCUUCUGUAUUUGACAGCCACCGAUUCAAAUACGGAAUCACAUAAAGAAAGGACUUCACCCCCUUCUCCCUACUGCCUUAAACUCUCUCUCUCUAUUCCACUUCUCAAUCCUUCUCCCUUCCCUCCAUCGCUCCGUGUAUUACCAUGUACCAGUUGUUUCGCUUUGGUUUCUAAUUUAAGUUCUAAUUUGUUUUUUAGGAAAAAUUUAUAAAACCUGCGCUCGUUCACCAACUGUUCUCCAUCUCUGUUCCAAUACCCCAUUUUCUCUGUUUGUAUUUUGUCUUAACUUAAGGGAAAAGUUGAAAGUGUUUGUUGCCUCUUUGUGCUACUGAUUAUAUAAAAUAAGGUAUUUCCAGUAUUUGUUGCCACAAGUAUGAAAGCUCACCAUCAACGCGUUUGUUUUCUUUUUUUUAUUCCCAAUUUUGUUCUUGAGCGACUCUUCUUGCGACUCCUUUGAGCAACACUGUCUAUAAAGCGAGAAUUUAUUACUAUUUAUGUAACGCUACUACCAUUUUAUAUUGAUUUGUGUUGAAAUCUCAGUGCUUUUCUAUGAAUAAAGUGUGAAACACGUAA